CCCCUCUGGCCGGAGACUCUCUCUCUCUCUCUCUCUCUCUGUGUUUCCGUACUAUCUUCAUCCUUGUCAAACCUGUGAGGAUCUAACAAAUCCAACUUUUGCAGUCAUGAAUAAUGAAGCACUGGUCCUUUCGUUAAUCGUUGUUCUAUGUGACACCAGCUGUUUGUAAUAAUGCUGUAAUACCCAUAAUUGAUAUUCUUCGUCCCAAUUGGUAUCUUUUAUUGUCGUACUCAUGGCAUUGAAGCAGAAGCUUUUGUAUCAUUUGCUGGAGAGCUUCAGUGGUUGCCGAUUUUAUAGCACCAGAAUGAACUGGGAUGAGUUGCGACCUUUGAUUAUUGAAAGAAUCAAGCGCAGGGCAAGGGACUAUCCAGUUCGAGCCAUGAUUCCGGUCGCCAAUGAUGUUGUUAAGGCCAGAGCGCUUCUAAUUGAAGGGGUUUCUACCCUUAUCAAAUUCAUCCCAAUCAAAGCUUGCAAGUUCUGCCCAGAAUUAUUUAUAGGUGAAAAUGGUCAUUUAAUUCAAACUUGCCAUGGUUUUAGGCGGCGUGCCAAGAACCAGGAGCAUACCUGGAUUGCUGGUACCUUGAAUGAUAUUCUCGUUCCUGUUGAGGCCUUUCACCUCCAGGGUAUGUCUCAAGAUGCCAUCAAACAUGACCAAAGAUUUGAUAUUGAACGUCUUCCGGCGGUCCUGGAGCUAUGCUGUCAAGCUGGGGCCAAUGUAUAUGAUGAAUGCCUGUACAACAACAGCUCAACAUCAGACAAUGGCAAAAAUGACUGUGUUGUUGCUGAAUCCUUGUCACAGCAUGAGCUAACAUCAGUGGCGAAGUUAACUUUGGAGGCAUUGGAGAGGCUUAGAGAAGGUGUCCAGAAAUUAUUGUUGGUUUAUCCAGCAAAGGUCUGCAAAUGCUGUUCAGAAGUUCAUAUUGGACCCUCUAGUCACAAGGCACAGCUUUAUGGAGUGUUCAAGUAUGAGGGUCGGCGGGGUACCCAUCUAUGGAAGAAAGCCAAAGUAGAUGAUUUGGUGCCUCCCAAGGUUGUUUGGCGGCAGCGGCCUCAGGAUCCCCCAGUGCUUCUGGACAAGGGACGGGAUUUUUAUGGGCGUGCUCCAGCUGUGAUUGAGCUAUGCCUGCAAGCUGGGGCUACCAUACCUGCCAAAUACUUCUGUAUGAUGAAGAUACAAGGUUUACCACCACCCCUUGAUGAACAUAGGACAGAAAAGCUCCCAUUUGAGAUUGUGUUCUCUUAAUCGAGGCUGUGUUGAAGCAAUUCAUGGAGAGAUUAAUAAGUUGAUCUCACAUGGGUGUGCUCAAUUCAAUCUACUUCAAUGGAUGGCAUAAUGUACAUUAGAUUUCCAACUGCUACUGCAUCAACUCCUUUGGCUGCA